UGAAAGUUGAGAGGUGCAAGUUUUGUUGUCUUUGUGCAAAGAGUGGAGCACGAUCUCGUACAGUCACUCUCCCCUCUUCCCCGGAUCCUUUUAAAACUCUCCCCCUGGGUUCAUACCCUCCCGAACCUCUCCCCUUCUGCCCUUAAGACCCUCCCCUCCCCUGCUCACCGCUCAAGGACCAGAUCAGUUCCAGCUCCUGUGACCAAAGACUGCCGUUCUUGCCCCCUUAGCUGAGCUACCCUGUCCCGACGUUGCAGGAAUGGACUCCGGUGUGAUUGAAGGAGGGCUCAAUGUAACCCUAACCAUCAGAUUGCUUAUGCACGGCAAGGAAGUUGGAAGCAUCAUCGGUAAGAAGGGUGAGUCUGUGAAGAAGAUGAGAGAAGAGAGUGGUGCCCGCAUCAACAUCUCUGAAGGGAAUUGUCCAGAGAGGAUCAUUACUCUGGCAGGGCCCACCACAGCCAUCUUUAAAGCCUUCUCCAUGAUCAUAGAGAAGCUGGAGGAGGACAUCAGCAGCGCCAUGACCAACAGCACGGCCACCAGCAAGCCGCCGGUGACGCUGCGCAUCGUGGUCCCCGCCAGCCAGUGCGGCUCCCUCAUCGGCAAGGGCGGCUGCAAGAUCAAAGAGAUCAGAGAGUCCACAGGAGCUCAGGUUCAGGUUGCAGGGGACAUGCUGCCCAACUCCACGGAGCGAGCGAUCACCAUCGCUGGGACGCCCCAGUCCAUCAUCGAGUGCGUGAAGCAGAUCUGCGUGGUUAUGCUGGAGUCGCCCCCAAAGGGUGUGACCAUCCCAUACAGACCCAAACCUUCAGGCUCACCGGUUAUUUUUGCAGGAGGACAGGCGUAUGCCGUCCAAGGGCAGCAUGCGAUCCCACAGCCUGAUCUCACCAAACUGCACCAGCUGGCCAUGCAGCAGAGCCCUUUUCCAUUGGCUCCCAGCAGUCAGGGCUUCACUGCAGGUAUGGACACCUCCGCCCAGACGGGGUCCCACGAGCUCACCAUUCCAAACGACCUGAUCGGCUGCAUCAUCGGUCGUCAGGGCGCCAAGAUUAACGAGAUUCGGCAGAUGUCAGGGGCUCAGAUCAAGAUCGCCAACCCGGUGGAGGGGUCCUCGGACCGGCAGGUCACCAUAACGGGUUCGGCCGCCAGCAUCAGCCUGGCCGAGUACCUCAUCAACGCACGACUCUCAUCUGAAGCGACUGGACUGGCGACCAACUAGCGCUGGAGCCUGUGCUGGCUCCGGCCCCUCGCUUCACCAUCAGGCCAUUUACUGUAGCCAGGCAACAAUCUGCUAUCACCCCAUCGACACACAUCACCCACGUCAUAUUUAUUACUCUGCCAGGGUCUUAAUUCCCUUUUAAUUCCAGGAUUUUAAUAUUUCGGUUUUAUGUUUUUUUUUUUCUAUUAAUAUUAUUUUAUUGGUCCACUCCCUUCUCCGUUCAUCAUCAGAUAGAGUGCAGGUGGAAAAAUCUGAAUUGGCCUAAAAAAUAUUGCAUCAGAUUUUUCUACAAAAAAAUUAUUUUUUAUUUUUUUAAAACUGAAAAGGCAAAAUAAAAAACAAUAGAUUCUGGACUGUUUUCUCUGUUCUUCUCAUUUGGCUGCGUUCAUAUUUGUUUGUACUCAGUCCUACAGCACCUGGUACUUGCUGAUCUCGCAUUUUUAGUGGAAGCCAAACUUUUUGAACUCUGGAGAUCCCCAAACCCUUUAUCACCUGGAAAUAAUGCUGCAGUGCUCUCUCUCAGAUACCCUUGGUAUGAUGUACAGGAAUUGCAAACUAACAUGUUAAAAAAUGAUGUUUUUUUUGUUGUUUUUUUUUUUUAAAGUGGGUAUGAAAUAUAUAUAUAUGUAGGGGGGUUAUUUUAACAGUGUUUGUGUCACCUUUAAUUUAAUGUUUAGCUUUUCUCCUUGUCAUUCCUGUUAUGUCACCCUGUUUUUUCGGGGAGCAGUGAGGAGGAGCUUUGGAAUAUAAGGGGGGGGGGGGUAGGAGGAGGACGGGGUCUGGCUGCAGGCGGUGUUUUUUUUCCUAAAUGCAGACGCAUACUACAAAGUUAAUACGUUGGAAUAUUUGUUUUAAAAUAGAGAAAUAUUUUUUUUAACUACAAGGCUGCUGGGAGCUGGAAAUGGGGGGUGGGGGUGGGGGGGUGAGAUUUGGGUGUAAGACGGGUAUGUCUACAUAUGAUAAGACUGAAAGUGAGAAUUUAAAUGAGAAGUUACGGGAAACUAUAGAAGUAACACUAGAAUUCCUGCUCUUUCCUUCACUUGAGUCAGAUUUUAUUUUUUAUUAUUCUUUGCAGGAAAAAGAAACUCCCUUUUUUGUUUUUGUGCACGUUUUCAAAGAGAUUGUAGACCUGGGUGUCACAGAAUUGUUGAAAAAUUAAAUCCAGAAUUAAAAAGAUGUGAAAUGCUGAAAAAA